AUGAAUCAAUGUCUGAAAACUGGUUCAUUGAAGAACACAGGUGUUAAUACAAAUAGCUUUGUGAGUACUAACAUUCAGGAAAGUGACAAGAGUUAAUAGGUUCCAAGUGCAGUUACUGACUGUAAGACCACAUGCACUGUGCUAAAUGGAAUUCUGCUCUUGCGCAAGCAGCACAAAGAGAAAAGUCUGAAUAGAAAACAUGAUGAUGAAUAUGUAAAAAUGGGAUUAAUUUGGGCUGGAGAUCCACCUACUCCUAACCCCUUAGUGCUUGCCCAGGAAGUUUGUGCUAAGAACUGUUCAUAUUAUGGCAUGGGAUUCAUAAAACAAUUCAAGUGAUAAAUAAAUCUGGAUUAAAGUUUUGGUGCAAAAUUUAGUUUAAAAGGGGGAAUGAAUCGGCAUACAAACAUACAAUCGUAAUAAUUACCUUAUCCAUCAAAAAUAUGGACUUCCAUGUUCUGGUCAAGUGCAAACUAAAGUGGCAAACUUACCUAAGCUCUUCUUGACAGAUAAACGUUCAUAUGCAAGAACACUUGUAACAGGGGGUUGCUCUUACAAGAGCAAGUAGUCCUCCAUAUGCAUUCUGUGAGACGAUUCUUUCUAGGUCAGGUUAAAUAUUUGUAUCCAUUCAAACUGUGAAUACAGAUUCAAAAAUUGCUGGUUUCUCCCCAUAGUGCCCAUAGAAGAGCCCCUUUGCUUUCUUUGCUACAGCUUGAUGGAAUGGCUUUUGCCAGGUGAGAGUUGAGGGGCUGUUGGAGGAAUAGUGAGCAAGUGAUGGAGUCACCACUGACCAUUGUGAGGUGAUCAACAAAAACAAAAAGAGCAAAAUAUACACCAAAACAUGGAACUUGACACAAGAACCUUAUCUGAAUCAGAAGAAUUAAGUAAGCAGUCAGAAGGGACUGUGAGGGAAGAACAAGAUGUGAGUGAAGAAGAGUUUAAAAGACAGGCAGAAGGAGAUGCUAAGUGGCAUCUGGAGGCAAAAAAACAUGGGGGAAGCAGUCACCAACAAACUGCCUCCCAAGGGACUCCUUAUGCUUUGGAUAGAGCCCAUAAAGAAGACAAAAAGAAUGAGAAUGAAAAAGAAACUGAGGAAGAUAAUGAUAAAAGAAAUCACCAUAAUGGAGAUGGAGGCAAAGAAAAGAAAGCCAGUGAAGAAGUAGAAUCUGAGCUUCUAGAGAAAAAAUCCAUUCUUACAUCUGGAAAAGUGAAUGAGGAUGAUUACAAGCAUUCUCAUGGCCAAAAGUAUGUGGAAGAAAUAAUUCAAAGUCAAGAAAGGGAAAAUGAAGACAGCAAGGAAGAAGAGGAAGAGGAGGAAGAAAAGGAAGAGGAGGAAGAGGAGGAGGAGAGCAAUGAAAAGUAUCAUCAUAGUUUUCAUGAAGAAUUUGAAGAUUCUUCAGAGAGGGAAGAUGGUGAAACAGAGAAACAAGACCACAAAUCAGGACAUUAUCGAAGGAAACCAAGACUGGGUAAGUCCUCUGAAUACAACAGUCAUCAUAACGGUGAAAAGAGGGACUCACCUGAAGAACUUAGUGAGGAAGAAAGUGAAUUCUGGGAUAAAAGGAGCCAUCACCCCAACCAUUUUUAUGAGAGAGGACAUUACUUUGUGGAGCCAAGAAACUCUAUUGAGAUGCAUAGGUCUGAGGAAAUGGAGAGAGAGAGCAAGAGUAAAGGAUAUUGGGACCAACACUAUAACAGCCAAGAGGACAACGAUGAAGACAUGAAGCAUCACAGUAGGGAAAAUGAAAGGAAACAGUACCAGUAUAUGAGGAAAAGACUUUUUGGUGGACCAUCAAGGGCGAUCAGACAUCAUCACUAUGAAGUAAGGAUGCCUUACAGCAAAGCAAGGGAGGAAAAUGGAGGCAAGAAACAAAGUUAUGACAGCAUAGAUGAGAAGAGGCACCAUGACCAAUCAAAUGUACAGCUAGAGGAGAUGCCAAAACCACUAAGCAAAGAGAGAGAAGAUGGAGAGCGAAGACUCAACAGCCAAGAAGCCAGGGAAGAAAAGCACUAUCCUAGUAUUGGUGAAGGAGAGCUGGAAACUACACACUACAGUGAGAGAGGAAAGCACUUUGAUAAUAAAAGGACUCUUCUGUUAGAGGAGGGCUACCCAAGAAGCCACUAUCUUGUAGAAAAUGUGAAAAGAGCUUUAAAUCCAUAUUAUUACCAGCAGCCCAGGUGGAAAAACAGAUCUGUGGACAAGAAAGCUGAUAUCCUCGAUCCAUUGUUGGAGAGUGAAGAAGAACGCAAGUCCCGCUUGAAUAAGGAGGAGUUCUUCCCCGAGUAUAACGAUUAUGAUUUGUGGGAGAAGAAGCAGAUCCUGGAUGGCUUAAAUCACAAGCAGGACAACAGUAACAAUCCUGAGAGGCUAUAUAAACCUGAGGUAAAAAGGCAGUAUGACAGAAUGGAUGAGCUGGCCCAUCUUCUGAGCUACCGGAAGAAAUCUGCAGAAUUUCCAGAAUUGUACAGCUCAAAAGAAGACAUUGAAAGGGGACACAUAAUAAGAAGUGGCAAGGACAAAUUUAAUCAGAGGCCUCUGACACCAGAAGAGGAGAAAGAACUGGAAAACCUGGCUGCUAUGGAUUUGGAACUGCAGAAGAUAGCUGAAAAAUUCAACAAUAACCAGAGGGGAUGAAUUUUAUUUGACGUAAUGUGGUAUGGUGAAGAGUAGCUUUAUUUAAAGUAUCCUGUAUUUACUAGUAAAGUCACUGCCUCAAAUGUUGUUCUUCUCCCCUAAUUAGAAAUAGUUUACCAUCCUUUAAAUAUAUAAUUUACACCAGUACAAAGCAUUUUUCUGUUCCAAAUGUGCUAGAAAGAUUUGCUCAGCUCAGCAUGAAUUCUAGCCCUCUGAAUUUUGAAAUGUAUGAGAAUUGUGUGUGUGUUCUUCAGAAAUAUAUUAUCUCAGUACAAAGUAAUAAACUUUACA